AAAAAAUAAUUUAAAAACUAAAAAAUUCAAAUGCAGAACACUGAUCGUCAUAGAAACAAAAAUCUAGUUGAGAAAAAACAGACUGUUUGACGUUGACGUCGUGUCGUUUUUUGUCUCGAAAAAAUAAUUGAAUAUUGCAAAAAUAAAUGAUGUUUUCCGAUGAAGAAAUAAAAGAAGAAAUGCCGGAGAGUGGUUUCAUGCAACCGGGUGAUGAGAUUAUAAGCAUACGCGAAGUGUGUUUGAGUGACAAGUUUGACAAAAAGGAUUUAGGAUUCAGUGGCGAGCCGUUGCUAUCUACCUCCAGCAGGAACGACCUCGAUGUACCCCGCUCUCUGUUUCGUGACGGUUUCUUCUCCGAUGGCUUGGAGCAGCAGCAGGCCAGGUUCGCAUGGACGGAGGAAGAUGGCAACAUUGCAUCCCUGGUCUCCGAACCAGGGUUUGGAACCACUGGACAAACGACUUUCGGCAAGGAUUUGGAUGCCGCACUUAAGAGUGAGAUGAAGGAAGCCGACACUUCGAGUGCAGUGCUGCAGCCGACCAAUCGAAACGGCAUCACGUUUAGUAAGAAGAUAUUUGGAGAACCCCACCUCGUCUCCUCUACGUCUGCAGGAACAUCAGGAACAGUUUUAUGGAGUGCCUCGAGUGACUGCCUCUCUAGUAGCAAGGCACAGAUCUGGAAUAAGUGUCCUGGUAUCCAUAUACUGGUUGACAAGGCGGAUCCUCGCUCCAGAUUCCACUACGUAAAAUAUGUGAAGAGGCAUGGACGGACUGUCAAGCUAUGGGAGUGUGGUAUUUGUAGCCGCGAGUUCCAACACCAAUACACUUUGAUGCGUCACCUGCCCACACACACUGAUGAGAGGAACUUCCACUGCGUCGCCUGUGGGAAGAGUUUCAGACAACUCUCUACUCUGAGCCAGCAUCGCGCCAUACAUUCUGCUGAGAGGCCUUACGCAUGCGAGGUGUGCAACAAGACGUUCAAUCGCGUGUCCACUUUGAUCUCCCAUCGCAAGACCCAUUCUGAUGAGAAGCCAUACAGGUGCCAUAUUUGUCCCAAAGGAUUCCAUCAAAAAGGAAAUCUUCGUAACCAUCUGUUCACGCAUACCAACGAACGUCCUUACCGCUGCAACAUUUGCUUGAAGGGAUUCAACCAACAAUCCAACUUGGUCUGCCAUAAAAACAAAGCUCACCCAGAUGACAGCAGUUGUCCACCUGUAAACGUGCGAGGAAGGUCCACAACUCCUCGCAUUACUCGCGCAGUUACGGAAACUCAACCUGAUACUACGAGACCCCAAGUAGAGCAUUGCGAAGUAUCAUCCUCUGUGGGACCCUACCUACCAUCAGUCGAAGGUCCAUCAUCAUCAACUUGGACCUCAAAACCAGACCCUUGGGAGCUUCCUAAGCCUUACCUGGAACCUGGGGACAUUUGGAACGAAGGUCCUUGGGCGUCCAUGAGCAGUGGGGUGAUUGUAGACCCCAUAAAGACUUACCAUAUGGGUGUUGCUUUGGCUACUAGGCAGACGCCAUUUGCCUUGUUGAAGCCUGAUAAUGGAACUCCUGUAUUGGUGAAGGUGGUUGAUACGAAACUUCCUGGUGGGAAGCAGAUGUUAGUACCAGCCACUGCUGAAGAUCUAAGAGUUGGUGGCAAAAUAGUUCUGAAGAAUGAUACAGAAAGUGGUGUAGUACCACAUGGUGAUAUAGAACCACGGAUGGAAGCGAACGGUGCCGUGCAGAUUCGAGUCCCAGUUGUAGCGACUGUUGUGCCCAGGAUCAAACCUGGUGGAAGACUGCAGCUUACUGUCGAAGAACCGCACCAUGCUUAUCAUACUGCUUUGUCUGCUGAUGUGGGUGAAGUGAACGUGGAGCCAUGCACCACGAGGAACGAGCUUCGCAUUGGUCCCACCAGUGCUCUGACCACCAGCGCCCUGACUCACCCAGAGCCGAGACGUUUGGAUACUUGCAGUGGCUUCGAUGAUGGAUUGCGGACUGGUACAAGAAUUUCUUCAACUUGUGCUUUGCCGCCGCCGGCGCCGUCUCCUCCACUGGACCUCAUCUCCAUGGACCUGUUUGAACCAAUGGAAUGCAUACCUUUAGGUCCUCAAAUUACGGCUGUGGAUAACAUCGACCAAGGACCACCUUCAGACGACUCCGACAUUUUUAUUGGAGAAUUCGAGACUCACACGGAUAUAACACCGACGCUAUAGCCCGGGAUAUAGAACGAAGAUGGCAGACACGAUUUUGGAUUGCAUCAUGCUGUCGGACACAGACUGAAUGAACUGGAUGUAGUUAUAGUUAAUUUUAUUUAUUUUUUGUUUUAGUUUUAUUUGAGCAUGUGAAAAGGAUAACGGUUUGAUUUAAGUGUAAGCGAAAAUGUAAAU